AUGAAAGUAUCCAAAACCCUCGUCAUCACCGCUCUAGCCUUAGCAGCAGGAGGUGAAGCCAAACUGUUUGGUAAGGAUAAACCCGUCUACGAAGAUUGGUCACUCGAUCAAUCCGUUGCGUUCCUCAAGGAACAAGGAAUCGCAGUGAAAGAUUCUGCAACUUUGGCUGAGAUCCAAAAACAAGUGGCUGAAAAUGCCGAUGCUGCUGCCAAGUGGGGUGCCGCCGCCGCCGGAUCAGCUCAAGGUCACUACGAAGCUUACAGUGAAGCUUUACUCGAAACCUGGUCUGAAAGCCAAUUGAGAGAAUGGUUAUUGGAGAAAGGAGUCGUUUCCCCUUCUUCCAACCGAGAGGCUCUCUUGGUUAAGGCUAAGCAAUUAGCCAGCGCCGCUUCAACUGCCGCUUAUGGUCACCCAACUGACCAAGCAGCUUCCUCCGUCUCCUCAGCAGGCUACGGUGCCGCUUCUUCCAUCUCUUCAGGAUACUACGCCGCUUCAUCUCAAGCGGCUUACGCAUCUGCCAAAGCCCAAAAGAAACUUGACGAUGCUAAAGAUUACGUCUUCUCCACCUGGGAUGAUAACCAACUUCGAACAUGGCUUGAGGAACACGAUGUCAUCUCAACUCCCGCCCCUACCGGUCGAGCAGCCUUACUUAACAACGUCAAAGUAGCUUACCUUAAAGCUACUUCCCCAAUCUACGAGGCUUGGUCCACUUCCAACAUCCACGAAUGGCUGGUCGAACACGGUAUUGUCCACCCUGAGCCUACCGCCAGAGACAAGCUCCUCGAUCUCAUGAAGGAUAAUUACUACGAAGCCAAAGAUACUGCUUACUCUUCAUGGUCAGAAUCCCAAGCUAGAGACUGGUUGAUCUCUGAAGGUAUCAUCACAGACGCGGCCCAACUCAAGAAGGAGAAAUACGAGAAACUACUCAACGAACACUACACUCGAUCUAAGAACACCGUUUGGUCAGGCUGGUAUGACUCUGAAAUUCGAUCUUGGCUUGUCGACCACGGUUACCUCAAAUCCGAUGCUGAAGCUAAGAGAGAUGAGUUGGUCAGCCUUAUCUCCCAAAAAUACAAGGAGAAUACCAACGCCCCUUACCUCGCUUGGCCCGAUGCUAGACUCAGAGCGCAACUCAGAUCUUACGGUAUUGAUGACACCAAAUUCACCUCGAGACCUUCGCUCCUACACGAGGUUCGAAUUCACUACGUCCAAUCCCAAAACAAGGUCGAACAAAUCCUCGCUUCCAUCCGAGAGACCAUCUCAGGUGGUGUUGAGUUCGCUGAAGAGAAACUCGCUCACGUCCUUGAGCUCCUCACUGCUUCUAAGUUGACCGCUGAAGAGAAACUUGACAAGGCCUACGCUUCCGUCUCUUCCGUCUACGAAGUUGCUGUCUCUUCUGCAAGCUCUGCCGCCAACUACUACGGUGCUAGUGCUACCUCUGCUGCCUCUGUCGCUUCUGUCAGCGCCUACUCCUCCGCCUCCUCAGCUUCUUCCGCUGCUGUCUCUGCCGCUUCUUCCCUCUCUAGCAGUCUCUCCUCGGCUGCUUCUUCAGCUUCCAGCGUCGCUGCCAAAUCCGCCAACAACCCUUCGUUGACCUCGGCCGCUUCCGUCGCUAGCAAGUCUGCUUCAUCAGCCGCUUCAUACGCUUCUUCUUCAGCUUCGUCUCUCGCCUCAUCCGCUUCAUCGGUAGCUUCCGUCUACGCUCACUCGGCUUCGCUAUCUGCUUCUUCAGCCUCCAAAUCAUGGUCGCUCUCCGCCGUUUCGGCCUCAAAAGCUGCUCUCGAGACUUCGGCUUCAGUCCACAGCUCGCUCAGCAGCGCUUACUCUGUAGCUUCGAAAUCGGCUUCAUCAGCAUCUGUCGCUGCUGCCUCGUCGGCUUCGUCAGCUAGCAAGUCUGCUUCAUCUUACUCUGCUUCUUUGAGCAGUGUUAGUGCUAAAGCUUCCAAAUCCGCCAAGAGCGAGCUUUAA